GGAUACUUCAAGCAUAAUGUUAAAAUAGUUUUGUAUUUUGUAAUAAUUUCAUUUAUUUCAUGCUUUCCAUGCUUAAUUGCCUACUGACUAAUUCAAAAUUUGACGCCGAUACACUUCCGAGUUAACCAUUUAACUUGUGCCAAGAUAAGAUGAUAUAAAAUCGUAAGUGGCUAGAAAACAUAACAAAUUGAAAAUGGAGGUUUCCAACAACACUGACGCCGUUAAUCUCGGCGUUGGUGAAGUGGAGGCUGAAAUUGGCGAAGAGCUGAAACAGCUAGAAGAAGUAAAAGAUUAUGACACCCGCAGUGAAGUAUCUAGUUCAUCUUCAAGCGAUUCGAGCACUCCAAGCAUAAGCUCAGUGAGCACUCUUAAAUCAAAAGACAAACGUGCUGCCCGCAAACGCACCAAGUCUGAAAGUCAUUCUCCCAUACAAAGUAAAAGACGUGUGACCAGCACUAGCUCUAAAAUCAAAACCUAUGAUUAUAUGACUAAACUAAAUUAUUUAUUCAGAGAUACAAGAUUCUUUUUGAUCAAAUCGAAUAAUGCGGAAAACAUAACAUUAUCGAAAGCUAAAGGCGUUUGGUCCACCCUGCCACAAAAUGAAGCGAACCUCAAUCAAGCCUACAGAGAAUCAAGAAAUGUUUUGUUGAUUUUUUCAGUAAAAGAAAGUGGUAAGUUUGCUGGUUUCGCAAGACUCGCAAGUGAAUCUCGCAGAGAUGUACCACCCAUAUCGUGGGUUCUCCCUCCUGGUCUCUCUGCAAAAGUUUUAGAUGGAGUAUUCAAAGUUGAUUGGAUUUGCAGAAAGGAAUUAUCUUUUAACAACACUCUUCAUCUCUAUAAUCCUUGGAAUGAAGGAAAACCAGUAAAAAUUGGCAGGGACGGUCAAGAGAUUGAGCCCAAAGUUGCAGAAGAGUUGUGUAGAUUAUUUCCUGAGGAUGAGGGAAUAGAAAUGACACCAAUAUUGAGAAAAUCGAAAGAGUCUUCUAAAAAAUCAUAUUUAAAAAGUGGCGGCAGCUACAGAACUUAUAGAGCGCCACUAUCGACUCGGGGAUCUGGCUAUAGGAACCGCAUGAGCUCAUCUUCAAGGAGUAGAAGGAAGAUCUUCACGUCUACAAGAAGCCGGUUGGGCUCUACUUCAUAUAAAAGGAGGUCACCAUCACCAUACAUGCGUGAACGUUUGCCGUCAUGGUUCACAAGGCCUCGUGAGAGCUAUAGUAAUACUGGAUCUGCUGCAGCUGAAGCUUAUGUAGCAGAAUACAUGCGCUCAAUGCAUCACCAGCUACCCCCGCUUCCCUAUGUGCCCCCGCCUGGGUUCAGUGGGGCUCUGGCAUCGUACGAGGGGCUGCCUCCGCCGCCGCCGCCGCCGCCCCCGCGCUACUACGAUCUGGCAGAGUAUCCUCGUUCAGUGCUUGUUUAUGACAAACGGUCAUAUGAACGCUCGGUUGAUGAGUUUUUGUGGCGCACUUCGGAGCGCUCCCGCGCUCGCAGUCGUGAUCGUGAAUCGCACCGAUCGUAUCGUGAUCGCCGUUAAACACGAAUUUACCUCCGAUGUAUUACAUAUUUUAUGAUUGCUAAUAAAAAAUUGUGUUUGAACUUUGAACUUUAUUGAAUCGUUAAGUUAAGUGUUGUGAUAAACUUUUUGAUAUGGGAACUUUCUAUUGAAUAAUUUGGACAAUUUUGUAAAUUAUCAUAUUAUGUUUGAAGACAUUUCAAAAUAUUAGUAAAAGUGAAGCUAGGGUAAAGUGAGACAGGGUAUCAUAUUAAGUGCUGCCAAAACUAUUAAAAGACUGAUGAAAUAGUAUUAUAAUCAGUUUAAAAUAAUGAAAUACUUGCUCGCAAGAUCUUUUAAAUGAUGCAUUUUAAGAAUUACCAAAUUUAACUGAAAGACUGAUAUUUAAAAGAAGAAAACAUUAUUUAUUCUAUUUUAUAUUACAGGGGCUGUGCAUAUAUUCUGUGAUAUAUUUAUUUAUAAAAGUAUUAAAAAUUAUAUAAAAGAAUUAAUUAUUUUAUAUUAAUUCUUUUUUAAUUGUGA